AUGGGAAGAGCGCCGUGCUGUGAAAAGAUUGGGCUAAAAAGAGGAAGAUGGACAGCCGAAGAAGACGAAAUCUUGACAAACUACAUUCAACUCCAUGGAGAAGGUUCUUGGAGAUCUUUGCCCAAGAAUGCUGGUUUGCUAAGGUGCGGCAAGAGUUGCAGACUGAGGUGGAUAAAUUAUCUGAGGACUGACUUGAGGAGAGGGAACAUCUCACAACAGGAGGAAGAAACCAUUGUUAAGUUGCACACUGCUUUGGGUAAUAGGUGGUCAUUGAUAGCUGCUCACUUGCCUGGAAGAACAGAUAAUGAGAUCAAAAACUACUGGAACUCUCAUUUGAGUCGCAAAAUUUACACCUUCGCCAAGCUCAUGGGAAACGAGUGUCUCAUCCCCACCAUAAUCAAUAAUGUUACUAAGUCGGCUGCUGCGAAAUCAAAGCGCAAAGGACGUACAAGCAAGAGCAACCUUAAGAAGGAUGCUACUGUUCCAGCCUCAUUUCCACAAGUACUAAAGCCAUUAUAUGAGAGUGAUGUGUCUGAAUCGUUAACCAGAGAAACCCCAAGUCAAGUGGCAACCAGUCAUUCAAUGGACUCGGAGUUUCGGGCCCCAAAAGAGAAAGAUGGAAAGGAACAAGAGGAGAGGACAAUAAGAAUGUUGGGUGGUUCUUGCUUGAACAUUACAACAGGUAUGAUUAAUUCAACAACUACUGCCUUAUGUGCAACUAAUAAUGGAGAAAAAGAGACAUUGGAACCAUGUGAGUGUGUACACAUUGAUGUAACUGUGGAUCAUAACCCAAGUGGGAAGAAUACCAUCGUAGGGGUUAAAGAGCAGAGAGAAAACUUGGCCACGGGUUUUACAGAUGACCAUGAGAUGACCGUAAAGAGUAAUGUUCAAGGUAUUUGGAGCUCAGAUAUUGAAGGGAGCCGUUGUGAGAUGUAUGCUUUCUCUUCACCAUUGAAUGCAGCCUUUGAUGAUCAUGAAUGGCUCGAUUGGGAUUGGGUAGGACAUGAUGGUGGUGGUGGUCUUCAAUGUGAAAAUAAUGAUGAAUUGGAGUUAUGGGAUGAAGGCGGGGUGAGGAUACCUUGGUUAUGGGAAACUGGCAAUGCUGAUAAUCCGAGACACUAA